AUGGUUGAGGAAGAUUAUCAGAAAAGGAUAGAUGUGAGCAAGAAAAAAUCAGAUGAGGCAAGAUCCGAAGCUACUUCAGAUGCAGAAAUGGAUUUGCUUCAACAAGAGUUGGAAGAGGAAUUUCAGAGAGAACUUAUUACCAAUGAAAUUAGUGAUCUAGAAAAUCAAAGGGCUUCUGUUGAAGAAAGAAGGGAGAUUCUGAGAAAGCUUGAGCAAGAUGAGAUGAGGGCACAGUGCUACGAAUUACACAGAAUUUCCAUCUUCAUCUUCAUCUGCUUUGUCGAUGAAGCUGUUGGUGAUUCUGGUUUUUUCUGUGCUGGUGCCAUUGAUGUCAAGUUUUUAACCUCGCUUGUGUAG